UGCAUUAACAGCAUUAUUGGUAAAACAAUCACCUGCUAUGUACCAAUCUUUAUUACAAGAACUUUCUAUAGCUUUUAAUUUAACUAUUGCAUUUACUGAUUGGCCAACUAUCUUAUUCAAUAUAUUAGCUUCAAUCUGUAUUGCUGUUUGUUUAUUUAUAACUACUAAGUUAGCCUGCUCUAUAUUAUCAAAUAAGUUAGUUAAUUCCUAA